AUGGUGAAGUCCAAGGCCAUCAGGGUCCAUGAGCUGGGCGGCCCCGAGGUGCUGCGAUGGGAGGAGGUGGAGGUCGGGGAGCCCGGGGAAGGGGAGAUCCGCAUCAGGACCACCGCCGUCGGCGUCAACUUCAUCGACAUCUACUUCCGGAAGGGGGUCUACGCCGCGCUCACCAUGCCCUUCACUCCAGGAAUGGAAGCUGUUGGCGUCGUCGCCGCUGUUGGGCCUGGCCUCACUGGCAGAAAGGUCGGCGAUGUCGUUGCAUAUGCUGGCAACCCCAUGGGCUCCUAUGCUCAGGAGCAGAUCCUUCCAGCGGCUGUCGCUGUUCCCGUUCCACCUUCCGUUGAUCAUAAGCAAGCAGCUUCCGUGAUGCUCAAGGGCAUGACCGCCCAUUAUUUGCUUCGCCGGGUAUUCAAGGUUGAGAGUGGCCAUACUGUCCUGGUCCAUGCCGCUGCUGGCGGAGUUGGCUCGCUCCUUUGUCAAUGGGCAAAUGCGCUCGGUGCCACUGUCAUCGGGACUGUUUCCAAUCAAGACAAAGCUGCUCAGGCAGCUCAGGAUGGAUGCCACCAUCCCAUAAUUUACACUAGCGAAGAUGUCGUAGCAAGAGUCAAGGAGAUUACAUCAGGAAAAGGUGUCAACGUCGUCUAUGAUUCUGUUGGAAAGGAUACAUACAAGCACUUUGUUGGUGGUGGUGGUAGUGCUGCUGCUGCUGGUGUUUUUGUGGGCAUAACAAGAGUUGAGUUGAUAUCCAUCCAUUCAACCAUGAGACGAAACUGCGGCAGCUUGUUCAUGUCCAGAUUCAAAGGGGAUACAAAAAAUCAAUCAUAG